AUGGCUCGCGCUAUUCUCUCCGUCGGCAUCGCGAUCUUCCUCUCUGCAAUCCUGGCGCUCUCUUCCGCCCAAGCCUUAAAAUGGUUCACCAGGGACCGCGUCUAUCCCAUACGCUACAACGCCAUCAUGGCUCGCCACAUUCUCUCCGUCAGCCUCGCGCUCUUCCUCGCUGCAAUCCUGGCGCUCGCUUUCGCCCAAGCAACGAGCGCGGCGGAAGGCGGCGUCGUAACAGCAGAAAACGUGGCGAGUGCCGCCCAGCCUGACGAAGUGCCGCGCGUCCAGCGUCACCGCAAGCUCCCCUCGGAUGGUUCCUCAUGCCAAGCCACUAUCGCACAGAGAAUGCAAACCUGCAAUGCAUACUACAACAUGGGUGACAUGGACAAUUAUCGGCGUUGCGUGGACGCCAUCAACGCGUGGGGUCCGGGAUGCUCUGGGCAGGCGCCAGGGCCAUAA